GAGGGCGGUUUGGAAGUUUCAGCUGUGAGCUGUGAGUUAUCAGCAAAUCAUCAUGGUAGUCUGGGAUAUAGCCAGCAAUUGCAAAAGGAGGGGAGGGUUCUUUUUCUGAAAAAGUGAACCUUUCAUCGAGAAACAUACACGUUGGCAUAGAACCUAGAUCAAACUUUAUUUCAAAGUGGACCGUCUCUUGACCAAAAGGGUGGUUCGUUCGAAUCUCAAAGAAACUACUUCUACGUGCCUCACAUUGCGGUCUUCCCAGACAUGAAAGUUGUUAUUGCUUUGGUAAAGGUAACAAGUUCUCCAAACAAGUGGGAAUGGCUUUUGUUGUGCUACCUGGCGGAGCUAAGAUUACACAACUAUCCCUGCUCUGAGAUCAUGUAACAAAAGCUAUUUAGAAGUAAUCACGCGCCAGUUUGGCAGGGUCAGGCUGUAAACCCCGCGGGGGACACCCCAUUAUCUGCGCUUGUCUAGUUACGGGGCAUUCAGCUUUUAAAAAUCUUAUGUAUAUCUGACAAUCUGCAAUGCACGAAUUCAAAUGGCAUAGUAAUUGGACUUCACUGAAAUGGGAAGGAGUUUAAUAUUCUGACUAAAGAAGACCAUUCAGGAUGCCCAGCCCACCAAUGGGUGAACGUGACACCACAAACACUACAAUGAGUACAUAAAUUAUACGGAAGCGUCACGUCUUGGCCGAUUUCGUCAUUUCCGCCUGUCACGUAGCUACGCCUACUAAGUGUAUCGAGUGAGAUGUGGUAGAUUAUUCAGCACAGACCGAGAACUAUAUUGACAAGCCAGCUGCGAAAAAGUUUAAGAAGUUCUGUAAAAGUAGCUAGCCAGAAACUGUACUAUACAGUGGUCACCUAGAAAGGAUGGCCCCGUUCGUCGGGAUCCUGUCCGGUGUGUGGAAGGGCAUCCACAGUGACGAUGACUUCUUCGAUCGUCUCAACCACCGUAUCACCUCCCUCAUCCUCAUAGUAUUUGCCAUGCUGGUGGGUAGCAAGCAAUAUGUCGGCGACCCCAUCGUGUGCUGGGUGCCUAAGGUAUUCACAGGGGGCCACAAGAAGUACGCCAACAACUACUGCUGGAUCAAAAACUCGUACUUCAUGCCGUUUGAGGAACGUAUCCCCAACCCCGAGCUUCCCCGGGCACACAUCGGCUACUACCAGUGGGUGGCCCUGGUGCUCCUCCUUCAGGCGUUGUUGUUUUACAGUCCUCGUAUUUUCUGGAGACUCAUGAGUGACGGUGCUGGCAUAGACUUCAACAUGAUCGUGAAAGCUAUCUGGGCGCCCAAGUUGUUGGAUCCCGAGAAAAGAAAGGAGGUGAUUGGGACGGUUGUGAAUCACCUGGACCGCUUCUUGUGCCUCAAGCAAGACUACCACAAGAACAAGUGCUCCCGCUUCAAGGAGAAGUUCACAAAUUUGAUCUGCCCGUUCUUGGGCAAGCAGUAUGGCAACUAUCUGUUCUUCUUGUACCUGUGGGUGAAAUGCAUGUACGUGUGUAAUGCUAUAGGGCAGUUGUUUCUCCUCAAUGCGUUUCUUGGCUCUAUGUUUCACGUGUACGGUUUCCAGGUACUGUCGGAGCUGACUACUAAGAUGGAGUGGUAUCAGACCGGCAGAUUCCCGCGUGUCACUCUGUGUGACUUCAACAUACGGCAACUGGGAGGGAACAUCCAUCGCUGGACUGUACAGUGCGCUCUACCUAUCAACUUGUUCAACGAGAAGAUCUACAUGUUCUUGUGGUUCUGGAUGGUGUACGUGGCUAUUGCAACGGUAUGGGGCAUGAUUUCGUGGUUUAGCUUCCUCUACCGACGAGAGAGAAAGGCCUACAUCGCCAAGUUCCUUAAACGUAUGGGCAUCAUCUCCUCAACCAGCACCGGCGAUGGGAAAUUGGUACGGAAGUUCAUUACGCGGUACCUGCGUCCCGACGGGGCGUUUAUCCUUAACCUGGUGGGUAGAAACACCAAUGAUAUCGUCAUAGGAGAGCUGGUGGCAGCGCUGUGGGAGAAAUUCAAGAAGGAUCGCGCUCAUCUGCUUACCGACAGAGGCCUUGACGAAGAAGGAAAUCACAAAAUGGACAAGAUGCUUGAAGAUGCUGUGUGAACAUUUUAAAUGUUUAGCAGAGUUAAUAUAACAGUCCCGGUGUGGAGUUCACACCAUUGCAACAAGGGAGGCAUUGCUACCCAUUACUUCGGGGUCAUGAUCUCACCAUUGGUGUGAAAAUUCCACUUUUUAAGGUGCAUCCAUCCCAUACUGACUGAUUUAAUUUGAGUGUCAAAGAAAUAGCAGUUGUAGGUUAGUUCGUAUUUAGCUAUUUUGUACCUAACAGGAUACAGUAUUCUCUCACGUUUUGACUUAAUUUGUUAAUCCAUUAAGUACGCUCUCUACACGUAACCUAUCGAACUGAGAUCUCGUGGUGAAAAUUGGUAUUCAGGUUUCAGACUAGUCCAACGUUUAUUUCUGUAGCAGUAGUGUAUUCUUGAUUAUACAAGGUCUAAACAUCGAUGACACCACUUCAGUAUGUGUAAAACUAAGUAUUAUCAAAGUGUAAUGACAGUGCCUUUUCACAAAGUAACUGGACCGGACGUAUUACAUUAACAUGUGCUGUAAUUGAAAGGGAUGACGAGAGAUAACAUUUUUUUAACUCAUAUACCAUUUCCAAACCAAGCUGUAGCAUUCCGUAUUUGCUCAAAGGUGUCCGAGAAAGUGCGACAUCAUUUAAAUAACUGCAUUUAUGUUUGAGGUCAGUAUUUACGACAGGAAGUAUUUGUGUAUUCAUAAGCGAGUAUCUGUCUCGUGAAAUGAUAUUCAUUUCACUUCAUGGAAUCUCAUGCUUGAGACUUUUUUAAAGGGUUCAUUAUUUUUUUAAGUUGAAUCUCCAUUCCCUGCAGCUUGACUUUGCUAAUGACAUUUUUGAAGCGAAAUCCAGGAGUAUAUUUUAAAUGUAACUUGUAUACUUAUGCUCAAAAACCGCUCUAGAAUAUAUUCUAAAAAGAUAAAACGAGAAAACAAUUUUUUAAAAAAGAUAAUUUUACUUUUUGAAGUGGUUUGAUUUGGUUCAAUAUCUUGUCCUUACCACUAGAGUAUUAUUUGUUCGGUUAAAGUUAGCGUUAGAUGUUGAUUAAUAAAACGAAGUGUUAGAUGAUAAUUGAUAAAAAGAUACAAUCAAAAACCGUAGUGUAUUCUGUUUCUUUUGGUUAUUGACGUUAUUGACGUUUUAACAAUAAAUAUAAAAUAUACAGAUUUGA